UUCACAAUCCCAUCCUCGGCAUGUGGUGGCACUUUCUCUUGUCUGUCACCUUUCCUGAAUUCUCAUUGUAUCUGUUAGGGUGCUCACUGGAAGGACAGAUCCUGAAGCUGAGGCUCCAAUAUUUUAGCCGCCUCAUGAGAAGAGAAGACUCCCUGGAAAAGACCCUGAUGUUGGGAAAGACGGAGGGCACAAGGAGAAGGGGACGACAGAGGACGAGAUGGUUGGACAGUGUUCUUGAAGCUACCAACAUAAGUUUGACCAAACUGCGGGAGGCAGUGGAACACAAGAGUGCCUGGCGUGCUCUGGUCCAUGGGGUCACAAAGAGUUGGACAUAACUAGACAACUAAACGACAACAACAGAAUACCCAAGUGUGUAGCUGUACACAGUGGAGGCAGAGGAGAUUAAUUUUUGCAGGAUUAAUUCCCCUUGGUUGAGUUCAAGCUCAGAUUCGCAGUAACUCUGGGGAGUUCAGUAGAAUCCAUCUGUUUCACAAAGUUCCUGGCCACUGUUGAAAUGAUGUGGUUUUAACGAAACUCUGUCUUCUAGUGGUAUUGCCUAAUCUCUUACUGUGUUCUGAAAUAAGUGACACAGCUGAAAUUUCUGGGCUAUAUAUUGUCAAGGCUGCUAUUCUUCAGCCAGCCUUCUGCAUCUUGAUUCAGAGGAGAUUAUUUUCCAUGGAUAUCACCAUCCCUGCUGUGGUCUUCUUGACCCUCUUCUGCUGCCUUGUACCUGCAGAAGCCCGAUUCACUGCUUCUCUUCUCACUGUGUCAAAUGGAGGAAAGUGGGGUACCUGGGGGCCGCUGAAAUUUUGUCCACAAGGAUAUUUUGCAAAUGGCUUCUCAUUGAAGGUGGAGUCAGACGAAGUUCCUGGUGAUCAAACAGGCCUGAAUGGAAUCCGCUUGCACUGCACUGAUGGUUCAACAAUUGAGUCUAAAGUUGGACCGUGGGGAUCCUGGACACAGGCCCAAUAUUGUUCCAGAGGCAAUCUGGUCUCUUUCUCUCUGAGAGUGGAAGAAGGCCGGGGCAUAGAUGAUGAUACAGCAGCCAACAACAUCAUGUUCAUCUGCAAAGAUGGAGAGGUGCUGGAGGGUCAUGGACUUAGCAGGGGUCAUUUUGGCUCACCAAGUCGUCGUUGCACUGGUUCUAUCUGUGGGAUACAGACAAGGGUGGAGGAUAAACAAGGCCUGAGUGAUGACACAGCACUUAAUGAUGUACACCUCUACUGCUGUUUCUGA